GGAAGUGGUCCUCCAGUGUUCACUUGCUUUUCUUUUUCUUCAUUGCUUAUCUCCUUCCAUCUUCUUCAAUGGAGAGCAUUAAGGACAAGACUCCACACAAGGAUGAUGAUGAAGAGGAGGAAGACGACGAAGAGGAGGUGGUGGUGAUGGCCGCCAUGACCGGAGCUGGAGCUGAUCAAGAUCAAGAGAAAAAAAAGAGGAAAGGUGGAGCAGCAGUGUCUCAACCAAGUUGUCAAGCAGAGAGAUGCAAAGCUGAUCUCUCAGAAGCCAAAAGAUAUCACAGAAGACACAAAGUCUGUGAGUCUCACUCCAAAUCCCCUGUUGUCAUCGUCUCCGGCCUCCGCCAAAGGUUUUGCCAGCAAUGCAGCAGGUUCCAUGAGCUUGCAGAGUUUGAUGAUACAAAGAGGAGCUGCCGGAGACGUUUGGCCGGCCACAACGAGCGCCGGAGAAAAGCUCAAGCUCAUCCCCCCGUUGCUGGUUGGUGUCUUAUAUGUGGUGGAGUAUCUGAUCUUUGUUAGGCAUCUAAGAGUCAUGAUAAUGAGAUUUGGUGAUAUGUUAGUGAUGAAAGUGGAGGAUGAUCAGGAGGUUCUGAUUGCUAUUUAGGAGACAUGAAUGACAAAAUUAAAUCUCAUUAUAUUUAUUUAUCUUCAAGCUGUCACUAAAGUCUAUUAGUAUUUUAUCUCUCCAAGCACUACUCUAGAAUGAUAAAAGUUACUACUUAGCUUUAGUUCCUUCAUUAUUUGAUUCCCUAUAUGUUGUAUUUUUUUUAUGUUGUACGUUUUCUUUUUUUCAUUAAUGUUUUGAAGUAGAUGUAUAUAUU